AUGUCUCAACUUGACCGCGACCGAGAGCGCGUUGAAAGUUCCCCCGAGCCCUCCUUCUUCGAGCGUGAACGCGAGCGGCUCACCAGAGAAAUCAAAACUGAUUUUGAAACGGUGCUCACAUCCACGAACAUGCUGAACCGCAAACUGGAAGAGGUGAUUGGGAUGACAAAGGAGUACUCUACGAUCGCGGAUUUGUGGAGCAGCUUCUACCAGCUUAUGCGCGAAACGGGCACGGGCGAGACGGAUGUCGACGAAGAGUUGGUAGCCGAAGAACAACAAGCGAUGGUUGCGUCAGGGUCACGGUUGAAGUCUUCCACGAGGGGUGGACAAUGA